GCGUCAGUCUCGAUUCAGACUCUAACGAGUUCGUCGUUUUAUUUUCCAUGUCCGUACAGCUUGAAAAUACAACAGAAUUUUAGCAGGGUAACUAAACAAUAGAAGAAAGAAACAUAUGCAAAUAAUCGCAAGAACAAUUUAUCCGACCUGCAAAGACAGAUUAUUUUAAGGUACUUCGACUUAUAUAUUACUAUAAACCGAAUAUUUAUUUUGUUGUUAGGCGUUUGUUGUAAACCAAAAUAUAUUAGGUAUUAUUAAUUUUAUUCACGAUUUAUUUUUAUAUUAUAUAUUAUAAUAUAUAGUUUUAAAACCCAGAUGAAAAAUAAACGAGAAAUUGUUGAUUUGUAGAAGUAGGUAUUAGAAAAAAAAAACGUAUUGGUUAAUUUAACGCAAAGAAUAGGAUGUCUUCCGAAAUUAGUCGUUGUUCAAUCAAAACCAUACAUUUUGAUAAUAUCGUAUUUUGUUUCAAAAUAUUUAACGUCGCCAACUAAAUUUUACCUACUGAUUCGUUUGAUUGAUUACAAUUCGUGCCGACUGUCGGGUGCCUAUUAUGUUUAUAGAUUUAGAUUCAAUCAUGUUCCAUUAUGGGACGCAAUCUAAGUAUUUUGAUAUCCAACGAUCUUUCAACAUUGGUACCGUCAUUUAAUUGAAUUUUGGAACCCAAGGUUAUAACUGCAUAUUAUAUAUUAUGCUCAUAAUAUAAGUUGCAUUUCCCAGUAUCUAAAUACAUAAUAUUAUAAUAUACCGAAAUGUAAUUUUUUUUUUCCCAACAUUAUUACUUAUUGCACCUAUUGUGUUACAUAUAGACGAUCCGAUGAUACCACGCUCGUAUUAUAGCCUUUUGUAUACGUAUUUGAAUUGUUUCGCUCGGUUAUGGAGUUUACGUUUUCAAACGAUACCUAAGGUUAUAACAUAUUAUAUUUCAGGAAAACCGCGCGUAUAAUAGAUUUGUUAAAUCGUUUGUUAUUAAAAUAUCUAAUGUGAUUUAAAUCGAACGUCUUCGUAAUAUUAUUAAUAUAAUAACAACUAAUGUACGGGAUAUAAUAGUAUAUUAUUUCGUGGCGUGACUGUGUUAUUAUUAUUCGUAACAGAACAAACAAUACUUUAAUUUACCUACUGUUCUAUAUCAGAAGAAAAAGUAUGUACAGCCUCGACGAACGUCGGUGAUCUUGAAAAGUCGGAUUUUUUUCUUUAGAUAUUUUCUGUCUGUACAUCAGUUUUUUACCAAAAAUGUGUUCUAAUCGAAAAACGAAAAGAGAGCUCUUUUGAAUCAUUUUGUAUCUAAUCGGUGCAUUGAAGACGUUAUUUUUCUAUCUUCCGGGUAGUUUCUUAAUGAUCUGGAAAAACCCGGAAAAAAGUUUUUUUUUCUGUUUUCAUUCGGUCAAAAAUAAUCGUGUAGAUCUGAAGUGUCACGUAUUUCUUAUAUUCAGUGUUAAAUAUUGAUAAUCAAAUAAUUAUCUAAAUAAGAAAAUAGAUAUUUUUAAAUAUAAUCAUCUAUAGAUAGAUAAUAGAUUAAUUUAAAUAUCUAAUAGAUAAUUUCAUGAAAAAAUGAUCUAGAUAAUACUUAGAUAAUUUAUAAAAUAACCUAGCUGAUUAUAAAAUAAUUAGUUAUAAAUUAUAGACUGAUAUUUUAUGUUACAUAGACACAUUGGUAUUAUGAUACUUCUGGUUACUUAUUAAAAAACCACAUUUAAUUUUUGGAUACAUAGACAUAGUUAUUAAUUAUGAAAAUAAUUUUGUAUUAAUAUAAUAUAUCACUUAAUGAGUAAUAUAGGUCAGUUAAUGUGGUCAUUUAUAUAUUAGAAUUAUUGUUUAUUCUUUAGUUGACCUUAGCGUCCUUAGGCAUAGUAAUUUCGAGGUAUGAGUAUUUGAUUGUUUGUACUAAAUCAUUUUUUGAAUAGGCCUGAGGAGGUUAGAUUUUUAAUAUAUUCGAGAAACACUUGUUUCACUAUUAAGUACUGAUUCGAUACAUACAGAGAUUUUGUUUCUUUUUUUACAUCUAAAAAGGUUAAAGCUUGAACAUUUGCUGUUAUAUUGUGUAACUAUCGUAGAUAUUAAAGUAUCAGAGAAUUGGAAUAAUAGCAUAAUGCAUUCAAAAAAGCUACCCUUGUCUUCAGAAUUAGUAGACUGGCUCAAUUUAGAUUGCGCAAAUAAAAUUGUAAUAAUAAAAUUAAAAAAUAAUUAGACAAUAGAAAAAUAAAUAUCUAGAUAAUUUUAAAAGAUUACUGUUUUAUUAUCUAAAUAAGAUAAAAGAUGAAUCAUUUAAAAGUUAUCUAGAUGAGAUAAAAUAUACGAAAAAUGUAUCUAGAUAAUGCCAAACACAUAUGCUCGAAAUUUACGUACAAAUUAUGAAAUUUUAAAAACAUAUUUAACCGAACAUUCGCUAAGAUUUGUAUUUUGUCAGUAUUUUUGUUUUUCUUAGAAAUGAAAAAAAAUACUUCUUCAAAUUAUAUACAUGCUGCAGUAUAUAGAUACGCUAUGCGAUUUACGGAGAAUACUCGAUUAUACAAUAAUAAUAUUAUAGUAUCGCCUCGUUUUUAGAGAAAUGUUUUAGUUUUUUGUUUUGUUCCUUUAUACACGACCCACGACCUCGAGGACGUCUCGUCACCGUUGUGUCGGACGUUCACCGCUCGUCACGUGUAUACGCAUCGGCCAGCGUUUUCGGACGGUUCCUGAAUAAAAAAAAAAUACACGUGUGUCAGGUACCUAUAUAUACCUAUCUAUCAUAAUAAUAGUGCUGGGUUAACCAGUAACCGGGUUAACCGCCGUCGCCUGCGUCGCAAUUAUAUUGUGUUUCUCUACCGACGACGGUAUUAGAGAGAUUUUGCGAUUCCGUACAACAGUAAACGAGAAACGUUUUGUACACGGUAAACACAAUAGAUUAUACAAAAUUGAUUUUUGGUAUUCGUAAACGGGAAUCUGAUAUAAUAUGUUUACCUAUCAUGAAUAAUUUUAUCAAGUUUUAUUAGGUGCAUAUAUAUGCACUUGCAACACUUGUAACAAUUGUAUACUGCAACAGAUUAUGUAUUUAAAUUUUAAUUGUAUAAUAUCUCAAAGGUACCUAACGACCAACUUCCGGAGUAUAAUAAUUCAGUUUCACUUGAACAUCAUAAUCCAUUUACGUUGCCAUUAUGAAAAUAUCAUAUAUUAAAACCAAAUCAAGUAUGAAGAUACGAGUAUCCAGUUAAUAUUAUUUUCCUUUCGACAUUCAAUAUUGUAACUAAUUAAUUAAAUUAUUUUUUUAAAUUAGGUUAAAUCGAGCAAGGUUUUUUUUUAUUAUGUUAUUAGUAAAAAUUAAAAUGUUUUCGUUUUUGUAUUUAAGAAAAGCUACUGCUCGUUAUUCUCGUGUCAGAAAACGACAAACUGAUUCCGAUAAACAAUGUGGUAGUCGUUCAGUAAUGCGAUUUCCUCGUACAGGGAGGUAUAAACAAAAUUACAAGUCGCAAAAUCUGUCCAACGAUAAUAAUACAGUCGCGUGCCUUCCGCGCGUCGGCGUUUCCGGGACGUCCGUCCGGCCCAUUGGCGACCUCGUGUACCUAAAGAAAUGCGGCGCGGCGUCUAACCGCGAGCGUCUCUCGCUUACGCGUACCAACGGUUGCCCCGAUGACCCACAUAAUAAUAAUAUCAUACUAUACAGGUAACUCCGCAAGGUAUACGUAAAUAUUAUUCCGGUGACGCGUCGUCCGCGCACGCGUUUGAAUAUUUAUACAAGCAUACUCGUAGGCCGUAUAUUAUACAGCGUGAUUGUACGUUUCCGGGUAAAUAUUUCGGGCGGAUGACCUUGGAUUGGAAUUUCGUUUUCGGGAGACGAUAGGGGGUACUGAAAUCGGUGUUGAGCAUUAUCCAGAUAAAUAAUUAAUUAUCUUUUAUUUCAUCUGGAUAACCAACAAAAUCAACAAAAUGUGUGUGUGUGUGUAUGUGAAAUAUACAUUUUUUUUUGAUCAGUUACAGAGCCUAUUUUUGAAACUAGAAUUCGAAUUGUGCUAUUUUUUAAGUGACUUUGAUUGACACAAUAUUUUUUUAAUCUAAAAAAUGAAUCGUUUAAAAGUCAUAUAAAGUUGAUUAAACAAUUAUAGUUUUUAUUGAUUUUUAUAUAAAAAAUUUAAAACGUAUGUUAUUAAUUAUUAUAGAUAUAUUUUAUAUUAUGAUUAUCUUUACAAAUAAUUAUUUUUCCAUAACACAGUAGUCAAAUUUCUUCAAUUUUUAAAAUUUUGUGUUUUUAAUUUUUUUAAAAUUCAUAUUUUGAUUUUUGACGCUAUUUUUUAAAUAAAAGCACUUUAGUUGAGAAAAAUGUAGGAAAACGUACGAUUUCAUUAGCACAUAUAAAAACAUGGACAACGUUUUCUAUCAGAAAAAAAUGAUUUAAACGAAAAAUCACAAAAUAUCUUUUUUGUUGCCUUUUUGAUUUACUUCUUUAGGGUAUCAUCGCCAAAACUUUUUAACCACUUUUGAGUUUUUAAGAAAUUUUAAUUUUUGGGAGUUUUUUUUGCUGUAAAUCAGUUAAAUACACGUAGAGACUUGAAACUUGGUGAUAAUACUUAUAUUAAAAUUACCUAGACGUGGUAAAAUUUUCAAAAACAUUGGACGAUUUUUUUUUUUUUUAAUUGUUUUGAAGCAAAUUUAAACGAAAAUCACAAAAAAAAUUACGGCACUUCCAAUUAUUAUGUAUUACAGAACUGCACUUGGAAUCGUCUUUCGUCAAUUAAUGGUCUUUCGUUGCUUACAGAUAUAAAUUAAAUAACCCUUAUGUAUCCUAUCUUUCCAACUUCUCACAUACAACAGUGUCCGCUCCCAUCCCCAAUAUCAGCUUUUUUUUAAAAUUUAAUUUACAUUUUUUCUUUAUUUUUGAAAACAUUCGAUUACUAGAAAUCUUGCUCCAAUUUCCAAGUGUAGCAUAUUUUCUGAAAAAAAAAAAUAUGUAAUUGGUGUUGAUUUUUAAUGUGAGGCCAUUUUUUGAUUUCCUUUGGAAUUUUCUUAAUAGAUAGCAAAAUCCCUGAAAACGUACGGCAAUAACGGUUUCAUUAUUUUCGAUUUUGUUUUAAUAUAUUCUCAUGAACCACGAUGUUGUUACGGCAGCGGACAUCUGCCGGACAUCAUCGCUAUCAGCCUAAAACUAAACGACUUUACCUACUGGUAAUCCUGUACUCGCACGCUUUGAAUCGUCCAGUGUUUAGAGGAGAAAAAAAAGUUAUCGUGCGACACGUGUAACGUGUACAAAUCGAGUGUUGAUUUAUUAUAGUGUACAUAAUUUAUGCACGUGUACACGAAUGUUAUUGUAUAUAAAUACAUAAUAUUUAUGUAUGUAUAAAAUAUGCUUUAAGAUAUUGUAGAUCAGUAGGCCAAAGAAAACUCUGUUCGGUCCGGUUUUCCUUCGAUCUAUUGUGUACUACUCGUCAAUUUUCGUAUACAUUAUAAUGUACAUAUUUCAUCAAAAAAAUAAAAAAAAUCAAAUCACAAACACGGUUUUCGUUUUGCAGUCAAAUUAUUGAUUAUUGUAGUCAUCGUCCAUCAUAGUGCGCAUAUUUUCAUAUUUUAUUUAUUAUGAUAGGUACCGCAGUUGAUUCAUAAACUGAAUAGUCUACAUAUUACUAUUUAUACUACUAGGUUGUAUAUUAUAGGGAUUCGAUAUUUCGAUUGAACAUAUUUACAUAUAAUCUAUUAUGUAGAUUAUAGAUGCUUAUAAUAUAAAAUAUAAUUUUUUCGAGAAAGUGUUCGGUCAUAUACUUCCGCGGUAUUUCCGAUAAAAACAAUAAACAUUGUAACAGUAUAUUAUUACCAAAAUCUCAUAUCCAGUAGUUUCUGAUUAAUGUGGGUACAUUGAGAUCAGUUACAUUUGCCCACAUUAAGCAGUUGCCUAUAAUAACCGAAAUUAGUAUCGUUAUACAUUAGAAUCAGGACCAGACUAUUAUGUAUAAUUUGUUGUGAUUUGGCGGGAAGAAGCUGCUCUAUACACACUGAAGUUUGCUAUCUCUAUCUUUCUAUAACGAGAAACAUAUAACAGAAAUAUGUACACGUAAACGAAAAGCUCUAAAAUCGGUUUUAGAGAUAAUUAUGAAGACAGCGGUAUUUGGUGGUUUUUUUUAUAUAUUAAUUAUUAGCUGUCCCGGCAAUGCUUUGCUAUUGUUAGGUUUUAUUAUUAUUUGUAUUAUUGUUUUAUUAUUUUAUUAUACAUUAUUGCAACAUGAAUUACACAUAAAACAGUUGUUGUAACUGUUUUUCGUUCGUGCAGACUUCGAUUAUCAUGUUCUUUUCAAGCUUGGGACUGCUCUGGUGUUUCAACAGCACUGUUUGCUACUUCAUGCACUGCCUUCCCAGCUCAGUUUAUUGAGACAUUACGUUUCUAGUUACUUUCAUAGUUCGAGCUUUAUUAGAGCUUUGUGAAAUACAUUUGUUUUCUUCCGUUCAGUAGUUUUUACGUGAAAGAGUAACAAUCAUCCAUUCAUAUAUCCGUACAAACUUUCACAUUUAUAAUUUGAGUAGGAAUAGUAGGAUUUAAAAAUUUACAUUUAAAAUAAAGUUUUUCGUGUAUUCAAUUUCAAUAAUGAGUUAAAAAUUUAAAAAAUUGUGAACACCAACUAAAUUGAAUUCGAAAUGUAGUCAUCAUCAAGUUUUGUGUCUUGUUGGUGUUUCAUCUUUACAAUCGAUUAUAAAUUAGAAAGAUCAAGACGGCAAAUCCCAGUCUGGCGACUUCUUAACAACAGAUUUUAAUAGAGGAGAGUCCAACAGGGUUUAAACCCUUCAAUUCUUAGAGUUAGAAAGUAGGAGCUUAUAUUUGAUUUCGUACAUACCGUCAAUUAAUAAUGUUUACAAAUAAUGUUAAUAACAUGAUCAUUUUUUAUGAACUCGUAAUACUAUUAUUUCUGGUGAAAUUAAAUGUAUAUAUUUUUAUUAAAUCUAUUUUUAUACAUUUUGAAGAAAAAUGUAUACAAUUUUUUAUUAAAUAAACAAUCGUGCGAUUUUUAUAUAAUUUCCCGAUAGAUUUAUUACAAAAAUUUUCGAUUUUUCCGAGUUCCGGUACAACUAUAAUGAUUUAUAUACAACAGUUUUGUAGUUUAUAAUAAUAUUAUAUAAUAUAGAUAUACGAGUGGAGUUUCCAUUGUUUCACAUAAUUGACGAAGAAAAAUUAACGAAGCGAUAAAAGUUAUCUAACAUUUGUGAUUUUUUUUUUGCCCUCGUCAGCUGUGAAACUGUAGGCGGGAGAAUAUUACCUAUAUUGUUUUCAUUAGUUUAUUUCGACGUGACUGGGUUUAAAACGUGUAUGGGAAAAAAUCUUACUUGAUGACGGCGGCGACGUUAUGAUCGUACAUAAUUAUUUUUAUAUGUAUAUUGAAUAACGAUUUUACCGGGUAAAAAGAGAAAAUGCGUUUAAUGGCUUUUGUUCUGUGGGGAAAGUGCUGUAUAAUGUACGUAUACAUAUACGUUUUGAAUAUUUCACGAAAACUCAUAGUCCUCAAACAAAAAACUCAUGUACAUUUUAUGUAUACUUCAUGGGAGACUGAUGUUUAAUGACAAUCGCAAUAUAUUAUAUAAUAUUGAUUACUUAUAUUAUUAAUCGUCAGCGGGUCGGAAGUUUGGAAUUCGCCCGCAUAUUAGCUGCGGCAAUCGUUAUAAUAAAUAAUAUGAUGGAUAUACAUUUCGGCGAUUUUUUUCAUUGCGUGAGCGCCAAAUAUCAUCCUCUUUCCUUUUCUGAAAUAGUGAUUUUAACCGCGGUACUCUAUAUUUCAGUCUGUAUUUCCAUAGAAAAACGUCCAUUUUCCCUCAUAUUCCAGGUAUAGUAGUGGACAUUGCAGUAAGGGAUAUUAUGACGAAGUCUGCGACCUCUGCUCACAUUCACUGAGCCACAGCAAGUAGUGUUCUUGUUAUAUAUAUAAUCUAUUUAUAUUCGUUAUCCGUGUAUAAGCCAGAUCAGAUCAUGACUAAGGUAAGAGGAAUCUGUUGCAGUGACGUAGCUGUGGGUUUUAGAGGGUGAGAGAGGCAUUCCCCCCCCCCUUGUACUCCGUAUAAUUACGUAUAAUUAUACGUGUGCAUUGUUAUUUGUUUUUAACGUUUUUACAAUUAAUUUGAAUGAAUUAGUUAAUAAUAUGAUAACAUCGAAAUUAAUUAAGGUUUCUGGUGUUAUCAUUUCGUUUUGGCGGUUCGACCAUUAUCUUUUAUCAUUGAUUUCUAGUUAUAAGAUAAAUGUGCCACGAUUAUUUAUGCGGCCUUGCACUGUUGCAUAUUUACCAGGAAAUUAGUAUUCCAGUGAAUAAUAUUAUUGAAAGAUUCUCAUCUAUGAAAAACCAGAAGUUAGACUUUGUAUUACAUAUAUUCUUAUUUUUUGUAUUAAAAUGUUAUAUUUUACAAAUGUAAAAGUUCCCAAUUUCCGUGCCUAUUAAUACAAUGAUUUUUGUAGUUGUGACGUUACUUUUUUAAGGAAUUUUCUAUUUUAAAAAUGGAAGAAAAUAUAUUUCGCUAUUUCGCGAAGUUUGAAAGGUAGAAUACAGAUAGAAAUUUAAUGUAUAUCUGUAAGGAAUAUUAAACUAACGAAAAACCGAUUCUGAGCGGAAUUUAGUUGAGAGUGUUGCUUUGUUAACAAUAUACAUGUCAUAUUAUGGUAAAAUAAUUAUAUAUGCAUUUAUAUUUGUUUAAUAUUGUACCUAUUUUCCUGUUAUCUCGGUCUUUCAAUAUAUUGAGAAAAUUCUUGAGAAAGUUGAAUCUUUCUGAAAAUGACCUUCUUUAACUACUUUACCAGUCCAAUUCCCUUUCAGAAAAAGGUAGUACUUUUUCUUGUAAAUUGGAGCAACUUCUGGUAGAAAAGUUGUUCACAGCUAAAACAAAUUAAAAUACACAUCAUUGUAAAACCAUAAGCUUUUUCGCUCCACUCAGAAUCUAAAAAUCACCCUGUAAUCUAUAUAUAUAUCAGGUUAGGUUAACCUUAUCAUAUAUAGAGUUCAAUGAAUGUACCAUAGAUGAAUAAAAAUAAAACAAUUAAAUAGACGACUACUGUGAUAACUGCCUAAAAAUGUAAACAAACCAAUAGCUCUCGCAACUCAAGUCAUCACUAGUAAAAAAAAUUUCCUUGAAAAAAUGUAUACGUAUUUCAGCAUAAUUUGUUGACAUAAAAUACUUUUAAAAUAGUUAUUUGAAAAGCGGCCCACCGGGAAAACUCCCAAAUUCCCAUUGCCUCAAUCCGUCCCUGUUAAUUCCGUCUAAACUGUUCUUUUUAAAAUAAUUUUAACAUUACUAUCACUAUACGGAACGUCAAGCAUAUAUAAUAUUAGGCACACGGAUUUAUUUCUACGGUAAUGAUAACAAUAACAAUAAUUGUAAUCAUUACAAUAUUGUUAUUGUUAUGGUAUGCGUAUGCAGAAAAAGGGUCGUCCGGCAAUUGUUUUUUUCUGUUUUUCAUGUUAAUAUAAUAUAAUAUAGAUAACCUGUAAAAUGUAUCAAGUGUACUGAUAUAACGGUAACAAUGGAAAUAUGAUUUAUUUAUUUUUUUAAUAAUUAUUUUAUAGUAAAAUUAUAUAUACAAUCAUAAUUCAUAAUUCAUAUAAUAAACUGUAAUACUGUGAAAUAAAACAUAAGUGUAUCACAGGAAAUAUUAUGUAUAUUCUUUUCAUUGCAUUAUAACUAUUUUAUAAUAUGAAAAUAUUUUAAUAAAAAAAAAAAAACACCAGAUAUAUACUACAUAACCUACAUAACCUACCUAAAAAUCAAUAAAAAUCAUAAAUCCUAAAAAAGAAAAAUGGACCCAGGCGAUGAAAAAAUGCAACUUUGUAAUUUCUAAUAUAGCUUCUUAGUUGUACUCUUAAUUUAAAAUUGAAUACCUAUUUUAUAAUAAUAAUAAUAAUUGCAAUAAAACAAAAAUUUAAUAAUUGUUCUAGACAUAUUUAAUUUUGAAAAAAAAACGAGUAGGCAUUGCAGACAAUAGACAUAUCACAUUUGUUUUAACAUCUUGAAAUCAAACGAAUAUAAAAUAAAAAUAAUUUUACAGUAAAGAAGCAAAACAUUAACUAUAGCAUAAACAACAUCAUUAUAAAGGUGUGGCCAAUCGCGUUAUGAUUUAAAUUCAAACAAACAAAUCCGAUUUUGACAACGUCAAAUCGUGAACUCAUUAAAAUAAAAUUGUUUUUUUAUUAUAAUAUAUAUAUUUUUUCUUCCGUAGAAGGUAAACUGCAUCGUACACGAUAUUAUCGUGUUUUGUAUAUGCAUAGAAGGUUAACACCUUAAUACUGCAGGUAUUCUAAAUAAUAACAUAAUCAAAAAAUGGUUAUAUUGUCGAGUGUAUUCGGUGCACGUCUUUAUAAAUUAUAGAUAUAUUUAUAGACGUUUAUAUUUUAGUGGAGGUUUCGAUUUUUUAUUGGCCGUACUAUUAUAAUAUUAUAGAUAGGUAUAGUGUAUGAGUAUGAGGUAUAGUGUGUAUACCUCAUACUCAUAUUAUAGUAUAGAUGUUCAAAAUCGAUACACAUUUUUGAAAACUUGGCACACAUGUCGCACAUAUCAUAUAUGACCGUUAAACGCGUGUUCAAUGCGAAAAAUGAAGACUGUGACGAAAACGUCAUCGUGUCCGCUUGCGAACCUAUAUAUUACUAUACAGUGAUGUAGGUAUAGGUACACACAUAUGUUUACACGUAUAUAAUAAUAUAUAUGGUAAAAGUGUACGUGACAUGGUCGUCGCUGCAGCUCGAUGGAAAUAGAGCGCAAAUAAUUACGGAUGAGGUCCGGAAAGUGACACAAACAAUGAAAAUUUAUUUGUACCUACUUAAUAUACUUUCCGGGGAAAAUAUACCAAUAAAUAACUACGAAUAUCCGCUCCGCUAUCGGCCAAACAUUAUUUCUGCUUCAAAUGAUAAUGGCUUACUAGGUAGUCGGUAGAAAUAAUAAUGAUAAUAUACCGGCGUCCCGCAUGAAAACCGUGGGUUUCAACCAUUAUGUAGUUUCAAAAAAAAAAUUGACUCAAAACCUUUGAUAUACUUAUACGACUCACAUGUUCCAAAAAUCACAUUUUUUAGACAAUAAUAAAAUAUGGUCGUACGGAACAUCUGAGUUUUGAUAAUAGUAGAAUAUUUAUACUAUGGACCAUGUGAUUUUUGAUACAGGUUAAAUAGUGUUCAAUAUCAAAACUCAUGUGAUCUAUAGCGUUUAGUAUAAAAACUCACAUGAUACAUGGGUAUAGUGUUCAGUAUCGAAGCUCUCACAAUUCAAUGGAACUUGUUAGUUUAAUUAAAAAUUUAAAGUUAAAUUUCGAUCACCUGUUUUGUGAGUUUUGAAACGAACUAAAAACACAAUCAGAUUUGCCUUCAAAAACCUUAUAACCCUAAGAAACUAAUUUAUAAAUUAAGAAACUAAGAAACUAAGAAACUAAGAAACUAAUUUAUAAAUUAGUUUCUUUAACUCAUUUCCCCAUUUUUUAAAACAUGUUGGUUUUAAUUUUAAUCGAUUCACAUACUGAUAUCCUUAUAUAAUCUUUGGAUACGUAAUUCCCUUAAAAACUUAAUGUGAGUCGUUCGUACAUUACCCAAUUAUUAUUCGCAAAAGUAAUAAAAUCCGCUUAAGCACUGAUUUUAUUUUUAUUAUUAUUAAUAUACGAGAUAUGUCCAAUAAGUACGCGAACUUUUAAAAUACAACUUUUUUUUAUCAUGACUUGCUAUAUAUCAAUUUUAUUCUCUUUAAAAUACUUUCCAUCCAUAGCAAUGCAUCUAUCCCAUCUUCGGUUUCAUUGAUCAAAACAUCUCUCAAAGUCUUCCAAAGUUAAGCUCCUCAGCUGUCUUGUCGUUUCUCGCUUUAUGGUUUCUAUAUCGUCUUAGUGCUACCCCCUACUCAUAUCGUACUCAUAAAACCAUCUUUGAAACUCGAGUGAAAAACUCGCCACCAGUUAUAAUCCUUUCAAGAAAAUUAGGAGUGUAUAUCGAUUUUUCCAGCCAAUGCAGCUCUCUUUUCGCCUCAACUUUUGGUCCGCUGUCAGAAGCUUUAAGACAAUUAGAAAAAAAAACCUGGGAGAGUGGACGAAAUAUCCUAUGGCUUCCAGGGUGUAGCCACAACUUGUCCCCACCUCCACAUGCUAUGACCAUGUAGGUAUUAAAGAUACAUUCAUAUAUUAGUUAAUCGUGGAUGGUACGAUGAAAAAACGUUAUUUUUUUUUACCAAAACGGCCAGUGCGAAUAACGAUGAGUGCCAUAAUAUUUAAUAUUGUUUCGAACAUUACAAUAAUUUAAACCCCGUUAGACGACCUAAGAUCGUCGCCAGAGUUAUAAUUUGUUAUCAUAUAUAGGUAUAAAUAAAAAAAAAAUAUGUAUAUAAAAUAAAAUAUCCACCAACGUACACAUAUAUCAUCGUGCGCCUCUGUAUACAUUUUUGAAAUAAUCGUUGGGUUUCGUAUAUUAUACAUAUAUGUAUAUAUAAUAUAUAAGUAGAUAGCAAUAGCCGUUCUUAACCCGUUGGACCCCUACCUAUGCGUCUUCGAGAGGAGACUCGUUUAUGAUACACGAGACUAUACUAAUAUAUAGAUAGGACUAUGUAGGUAUCUCUAUAGUACUAAUCACUAUUUUUUUUUUUUACAAACAGGAUUUUUUUUUACUGUUAGGAACCAUCGUUAAAUAAAUCGUAACGGAACGUUAGUUAGGUAUUGCUGCAGUAUGUGUCCAACGGUGAUGGCACUGAUUAAAUAUUCAAUAUUAUAUUGUUUUUGAUACGUACACGGGUAUACGCAUAUAGCGGUUUUUGAAUUAAUUUAUUAUUUCAUUCGUUCGUUCAUUUUAAGUAUAGUAAUUGCCGAAAAACCAUCCAAUUAACAUAUUAAUAUGUGUAAAAAAAAAAUAAUAAUAAAGAGAUGAAAUAUUGUGAGCCCUUGGUGCUACAGCUUCCCUGAAUCCAGUCCUAUUUAGUAUUAUUACUGCCAUUAUUAUUUUAUCGAUUCAUUCUAUAGAAAUUGUAUUAUUGUAUUAUAUAAUAUAACAGUCAAAACCGACAUGGCUUAAUACAUACUAUUUUAUUAGAUUUCAAUAAUGAAAUGUAAAUUCACUUUUUGGCCAUUUGUUUUCUGGAACAUUAUAUGCGUCUAUUUGAAGGAGUAAAGCCUCCCGAGCCCCUCUAUUUUCUUUACACCACGGGGAUUUAUCCUACUAACCUAAUAAAACCUAUGUAACGCUCAACAUUCCACGUGUAAAUGUUAUAUAUUUAUAAUCGAUUUGUAAAAUUUAUAAUAUUAUAAUCCCACAAUAUGCGUAAUAUAAUAUUAUAAUAUGUACCCCGUACGUUCGUUUACCCUGGGAGUUCUCUCCUAGUAUGUGUUCGACCUCCCCCCGACACGAUUUUCAUUUUUAAAAUAGAUAUAAUAUUGCAUUAUGUUUAGUUAUUUUAUAUACCGAUAUGCUUAAACGAUAACAUUUAAUAUUAUUGUCUACUCAUUUGUACGAUAAUAGCGAUAAUGACGAUUAACAGGCAUAAAAUUAUGUUUUUUGCAGAUUAAUCGCGACGAUGGCGCCUUCCUCCGAGACGACGUGCCGGGCGAAAGUCCAUCGCGGUCGUCGCUCGCAGCAGCGGUCGUUCUUCGCCACCACACAAUUACUACAGCGAUCGGUGUUUGUCAUCGCCAUAGCGGUGGUUGCGUUUUUCGCGCGUUCGGCCGACUGCCAGGCCGAAAAACGGAUCUCGUCAGCGACGGUCCAACAACAGCAGCAGCCACAAUACUACGAUUCGGACGAAGGUGGCGAAGUAAUCAAGAGCAAAAUACGUCCGGACACGUACUCUCAGGACCCGUCCGGUCAGUACGGCAACAACAAUAAGCACCUGCAGCAAUCGUCGGACGCGGUCGCUUCGGCGUCCACCGUGUACGGUGAGCAGUACGUGAGCAACGCAGGCGUCCUGCAGGAUCAGCCAAUGCUGGACGAGGAGGCCCAGGAGUCGAUAAACUCGGGCUCGAUAAACAAUCACAGGAUACCGCAGUAUACUCGCAGCGGGUCCCCCGUGCCAGCCGACGUGGUCGAGGGUAAAAACGUGGGCAACCGGGCCAUUGGUAAUAACAAUAACUACCAUCACGCGGCUCCCGGAGCCGGCAGCCCACCAGCGGGAACCGCGGCUGGUUACGCCGUCGAUUCGGCAUACGGCCCGCACUACAGCACACAGGACCUGAUCCAGGACCAGAGCUAUCAGCUCGAGUUUAAGUACCAUGACUACGACAAAAUGACCAAAUUCCUAAGAACCACAUCGUCUAGGUUCCCCAAUCUCACGGCCCUCUAUUCCAUCGGAAAAUCCGUCCAAGGUAUAUAUAGUCAUAUCCAUACGUAGGGACUCAUCCUUGUUAAAACUUCACGUUUUUGACUCUAUAUCGACACAAAUAUGAAUUAAGUUAUGCAACAAUUAAAUAAAAUAACAACUACAAUGAGAAUAACAAAAAAAAAAAAACAAAAUAUUGGAUAGCAAAAAUGACGCUUAAAAUCUUUGUGUGAAAUGUUUUUAAUUGUAAUCCAGUAUAAUGAACAAUAAAAACCCUAUAUGAAUAACAACAUAUUACAUACUUUGCACAAAUAAUAACUAUCUAGGUACUAUAGUCUAUAAUUAAAUAUAUCUAAUGCAUGAUUGUAGGAUAACGAAAGGUUAAAUAAUUUGUUUUAAAUUACCUAUUUACCAAUAAUUUACCAUUUAUGCAAUACGUAAAGAUAUUAUAUGAAGAAUAAUUAAAACCUUCAACUUAGUUGGAUAUUAAAUAUUCAAAUUUAUAUAACUAACAGAUGAGACACUAUCCGUCGUCCAUCGCCCAAGUAUUUUAAUAAUUUGAAUAGGUAGGUAAUAUUGUUACGUGUUAGUUGUUCGAAUAAAUAUUUAUUUUUCUUUUAUAUUGGAGAAGUUUUGAAAUACCAACGUACUUUUCAUGGCGUUGAAAUUGAAUACAUAUAUUUUAUAAAAUUUAAUCACGUUAAGUUUAGGUUUUAGUUUUAAAGACUUAAAGGAAAAAAUGUUUGUUGGAUGUCUCACGAAGAUAUACACGUAUUUUAAGUUUUUUACCACACAUAAAAAAUGAAUUUCUAUAUAAAUAUUUUUAGUCCUUAUUACUGUGAAUAACAUUAAAAAAAAAAACAGAACUUUAUUAUCUCCGGAGAUAUUACAAUGAGCAUAUCUUCGUGGGACAUACUGUAUUUAUAAUUUAUAAUACAUCUAGUUUUCUUAGUUUCAGUCCAAUCUAUACAGAGAAAGUUAGUUGUUAGUUGAUUUUUAUUUUGGUUCUCUUAUUUUUUUUCUAUAUUAUUAAGCUUUUUUAUAGACGCAAAACACACGAACACAUAAAAACUACAGUAAACUUUAACAAAAUUCCAGGUCGAGACUUGUGGGUGAUGGUCGUGUCGUCCAGUCCCUACGAACACAUGAUUGGUAAACCGGAUGUGAAAUAUGUCGCCAAUAUGCACGGGAAUGAAGCAGUUGGUAGGGAACUCAUGUUACAUCUCAUCCAGGUAAAUAAUAUAAAAUAAUAUAUUAUACAUAAUAUUAUCGAAACCUGUUGUUAAAAUAUACAGUAGAUAAUAUACAGUAUAGGUGCAAAAUAUAUACUAUUUUUGUAUCAACAUAAUAUUUGUAUUUCAGAAAUUAAUGAAAAAGGAACAAAAUGUUUGAUAAUUUUUCGAAUAAAACAUGAUACCCUCAUUUAUAAUGUCUCAGUCCAAUUGAGGGACGACAUAUAUUAAAAUUAUGUGUUACUUAGAACGUAAAAUGUGGCGUUUAGGUGGAGAUUGGAGUUUAAGCACAAUAUAAAUAACAACAUUUAAAGAGUAUAUUAUAAAAACUACGUACAGUCCUUAAAAAUAUUCGUUCCCUAUUAAAUUGUCUUAGUUGUGCUUAAACCUCAAUUUCAACCCAAAUGCCACAUAUUACGUUCUAAAUGACGCAAUUUCGAUAAAAAAAAACAACGGCCCGUUAGUUAGACUAAAACGACAAAGCGGAUAUCACUCACUCAACGAAAUAAAAGAAAAAAAAGUACGAAUUUAUGAAAAAAAAAUUUUUUCCUAUUAGGAUAAUUAAUCGUCCUAAUUUAUAUGCAAUAUAAUAUAAUUUUAUUGAAAAAGCACGAUAUUUUUUUCCGAAAAUUUGAAUAAAUAUUUUAAUAGAUAAUAUUAUUGAGGAUAUUUACCCUUAUAACUCCGAAUCCAGUCCAUAAUUCUGUAUCGAAGAAAGUCUUCUGGCCGAAAUCGCGUUAAGGAAAACUUAAUAAAGACAAAAACAAAACAAAAAAACUCAGAAUAAACCACUAUUGUGUAUCUAAUGUACAAAAUGCCUAAAAUACGUUGUUUCGUGUCCGUUUUCGAAUUUUAGUACUUGGUGAACAGUUACACGGUGGACCCGUACAUCCGGUGGCUUUUGGACAACACCAGGAUCCACAUUUUGCCGUCGAUGAACCCGGACGGUUUCGAAGUGGCCCGCGAGGGACAGUGUGACGGCGGCCAGGGUCGAUACAACGCUCGAGGUUUUGACUUGAACCGCAACUUCCCGGACUAUUUCAAGCAGAACAAUAAGCGUGGACAACCCGAAACAGAUGCCGUCAAGGAAUGGACGUCCAAGAUACAGUUCGUGUUAUCCGGCGGAUUGCACGGAGGCGCCCUUGUGGCCAGCUAUCCGUUUGACAACACCCCGAAUUCCAGUGAGUCCCAUUAUCGAGUAUCUAUGUAAUAUACUAUUAAGUUAGGUUACGGUCUAACUCUAAUCUAACCAUUAAGAAUACAAAACACCGUAUAUCUAUAACAAUUGUACAAGGAUAUUUUACUUGUCCAAUAAUAUUAUUAUAGUUGGAAUAACUGUAUAGGUCAUAAUUUAUAACUAAUAUUAUGGGUAGGUAUACGGGUGUCCCACGAAAAUACGAGUAUCAGUAUACCUAUUGCAAUAUCUCCUGAGAUAAUACAAAUAAUUAAAUUUUGUUUUUUUUAGAUUACUUACUCGCAGGGAUAUAGUCUACAAAUAUUUAUAUUUUUGUUAAUUAUUUGACUUUUGAUAACUUUUUAUUUUAUUAUUUAAAAAAAUUGAAGAUGGCCAUUUUAUAGAGUAUUCUUCUCAAAAUUUUGACGCAUCAACAUUUUUUUAAAUUCAUGAUUUUGUAAAGUUCAGAAAAAAGUACCUAUAUAAUUAUGUAGCAGACUGUAAUCGCAUUGAAUGAUUGUUAUUAUUAUUAUAGUUAAUAUUCACUGUAGGUACACUUUUUUCUUAAAACUUUAAAAAAUAAUUAAAUAUCACGAAUUAGAUAAAAAUAAAUAAAAAGUUAUUAUGUCAACAUUUUCAGAAGAAUAAAUUCUAUAAAAUGGCUAUCUUCAGUUUUUAAAAUCUUCAAUUUUUUUUUUUUAUUUAUUUUUUUAUCUAAAGAUAAAAAAUUAAUUGAAAUGUAAAUAUGUAUGGCUAUACAUAUUAUCCCAUUAUCCCAGUGAGUAAUAUAAAAAAAAAAAAAAAAAAAAAAACAGAAUUUGAUCAUUUUUAUUAUUUCCGGAUAUAUUACUAUGGGUAUAUUUUCGUGAAACACUUUGUAUAAUAUCCUAUAUUAUAUUUGUACAACGUAUAUUUUUGUCGUUCCGAUUUCACAUUUUUACGUCGAAAGACCAUUUUUCAAAAAUAACAACGUCAAAUUUUAUAAAUAAUAUUAUGCCUAAACUUACAAUUUAAUUGAUUUAAACAAUACGAGUGCAAUAUAACAUAUAUGUUUCCAUGUCUAACGAAAUAAUUAUUACCAAGGAUUCUGUAUUUCAUCACCGUUCUGUUCUGGUAAGUAUAAUAAUAAUAUAAUAUGGUCUAACAGGUUUACGGUUGGUGGACAAAAACAAACUGAGAUGUACUAAAAUAUAAUAUUUUAAUCGUAACAUCCAUAAUUCACGUGCUAUGAUUUCUAAUAAUUAUCGUGCGUCAUAAAAAUAUUAUUGUAAUUCGUAUAUCCCCUGUAUAUACAUAUGUAUAUGGGUAAAACGGAUUUUUUUUCUUUUAGUAAAUUUUUGGUAGAAAAAUAAAAUCGAAAAUAUUUGAAAAUAAUGAAAAUUGAUUGCCGUACACUUGACCAUUUUUCCGAAUUCUUUGAAAACUGCUGAGAAAAUCAAAACAUGGCCUUUCCUAUACAUCAAUUUUUUGAACCAAAAUACUACAAAAAAAGUUUUCUUUACAUUUUUCGAUUGGAGCAAGAUUUCUGGUAGAAAAAGUUGUUAACUGACACAAACAAAAAAAAAAAAAAAACAAAAAAUUUUGUCAUCAUAAAAACAAAUACAUUCGUCGUUUCGCUCAGUAACUAAAACUGCCGAUUGCACAGCUGUACUUAUAUCGUACAAAUUUUAAAAGGAAAUGUCCACACGUCGUUUUAAUUUAUUAUUUUUGGAAUUCCAUAAUUUACACUCACGUUCCGACAUAGAAUGGUUUAGUUCGCAUUCGCCAUUCCUUAAAAAUCAAAAUAAUGGCAUCCACGAAUGCAUUCCUCUAAACAGGAAUUAAAUUCAAUAAUAAUGCGUUCCUGUGAAUGCGUUAUUUUCAAACAGUGCAAUGGCUGAUUAACCUACGGUAUAUACAUAUUUUUUAGUGUUCCAAAGUUACACCUCAACGCCGUCGCUGACGCCAGACGACGACGUGUUCAAACAUUUGGCUCUGACCUACUCCAGAAACCACCCAACGAUGAACCAAGGAGUGGCGUGCAAAGCUGGAACGCCGACGUUCAAUAACGGCAUCACCAACGGAGCCGCGUGGUAUCCGCUCACAGGUAAAAACCGGUCGAAUUUUAGUCCGUAAUUCCCAACCAUAAUGACGACUACGUGUUUAGCUUAACCCUACCUCUACACAAAUACAGUAUAAUACCAAUGCUAUCCGAACGAUUCGUGUUUUUUCAAACGAACGGGCAUCGAUUUAAUCAAGCGUUCGGUUUAAAUUUCUUUCGCAGUUAUAAUACCGUUUGUACGGCGUAUCGCGUAUACAUAUUUCGUUGGUGGAAUUUUCGAGGGUGCAGCGUAGCCCGUAAACAAUGCAAUGUAAUGUAUUUUAACAUCGUUAUUUCUGUAUUCGAUUAUCGCCGCAGAGCUGUGGAUACUGGAUUCGGAGUUGUAUUAUUACUAUAGCUCCCAAUCGAUUUCAUAAUAUAAAUUAUCGUGUUAAAUGUUAAUUCUAUAUAAAUUUAACUGAAUUUCUUUGGUCGUAAAAUAGUCGACAAUAAUCAGAUCCGUAUUCCUUAUAUACAUUUUUAACGCAGAGAAAUUUAAAAAAAUAAAAAUAAAUCUAAAACUAUGAAACCGUUAUUGCGUACAUUUUCCCGUUUUCCUCGAUUAUUAAGAAAAUUAUUAGAAAAAUCAAAAAAUGACCUACUCAAUGCACAGACUAGAUACAUUUGAUUUCAUAAAUGAUGCCAUACUUGAAAUUCGAAGGAAAAUUUCUGGUAGAAAAGAGGUUCAUAGGUUCAAAAAAAAAGAAAAGCUAAUAUUGAGGAUGGGUGCAUUCACUGUUGUACGUGGGUAGUUGGGAAGGUGGGAUACAUAAAGUUAGUUAAUUUAUACGUGUAACCAAAAAUACACCAUUGAUAACAAAAGACGAUUCUGAAUUUGGUUAUACAUGUUUUGAAAGGUCGUAAUAUUUACGAUUUUCAUAGAAAUUUGAUUUGAAUAAAAAAAAAAAAAAAUACUACAUUACAUUAUUUAUUUUUUUACCACUAAGUACAACUCAAAUAACCUCUUAUCAAAAUUGUCAAGCAUUUAAUUUGAGUUUAACAAUUUUAUCCACAAAGUAGCUACCUACCAAAAAAAAAUUACGUACAAAAUUUGUCAAAUUAAAAUGUCCAUAAAAAGCUCAAAAAUGGCUCAAAUCUUCUGAAAUUUUUACCACGUCUAGAAAAAGCAAAUUAUGUUUUCAGCUUAAAUUUCAAAUCUCUCCAAAUAUUGAUGGAUUCUCGCUUCGCCCCGAAUCUAAAAAGUACAUAUCAUAGUAAAAUAAAUACGUUUCGCAUUUAGAAUCUAAAAUUUGUUACAAAGGCUGUGUCUGAACGGCCCGUAACACUAAUAUAAUUUUAAAACUGCCGAAAUUUACCCGACACGGUGAAAUAAUAAUGUAGACUAGACACAUUAUACCUACAUCUGAAAAUAAUUGAAAUUAAAAAAAAAAAUUUAAAUGUUAUUAUAUUGAUUAUUGAAGUACAGAAAUAACAAGUAUAACAUGUAUAUAAUAACAAGUGUAACAUAUUAGCACAUAGGUAAGGUAAGAUUAGUUUUUCUUUAUAAUAGGCGCUAUUGUGUUAUAUAGAUUAUGGGAGUGGUGUAACUGAGGGCUAAAUACGUUUUGUUUGAAUCGUGGGCAUAUAGGGGUUUUGAGGGUUCGAUCUCUUACCUUUUUUUUUUUUUUGGAAGUGUUUUUAUCAAUAUAAUAAUUUAUAUAAAAAUGUAUAAAAAUGGUAUGAUUAAUAAAUGAGAGUAUAAUAUGUAGGUAUGUAUCAUUUUCAUUAAUAUUUUCUUUUUUGUAUACAAUAGCCAUAGCGCUAAUUCUUUGACUUUGUUUUUUGACAUAUGGUAUAGUACUCUUCUUUAAAUACGUUUUUAGUGUAGAAAACGUUUAAUUUAGAUAAAUAACGAUAUAAAAUAGUAGCCCCUUGACUAAUGUUUUACGUAUUUAGCACUUAAAAUAUAAUAAUUAGUAUUUUAUCAAAUAAAUGUGUAUGUACAUUAUUUAUUAUUAUCUUGUUCCAUAUUAAAUAUUAAAAUAUUUGUUCCCCACAGGAGGUAUGCAAGAUUUCAAUUAUGUGUGGUACGGUUGUAUGGAAGUAACUUUGGAAUUGUCUUGUUGUAAAUACCCGCCCACUUCUGAGCUACCAAAACUCUGGGAAGAAAAUAGAUUGGUUGGUAUAUUUGUUGUAUAGUGCUAGGGUCUAAUAGUAUAUUCCUACCUAAUAUAUAUUUGUGUACUUAUACAGUCACUCGUCAAGUUUUUGGCCGAGGCACACCGAGGAGUCCACGGAUUUGUGAUGGACGAACACGGUAACCCAAUCGAAAAAGCGUCGCUUAAGGUUAAGGGUCGUGACGCGGGUUUCCAAACGACUAAGUAUGGUGAAUUCUGGAGGAUAUUGUUGCCGGGCGUUUACAAACUCGAGGUGCAUAUUAUGAUUUAUUAUACGAGUUACCUAUUACGUAUAAUAGCACUGCCAAAUGGCAUAUUUGAGAACUUCAUACAAUAUUAUACAUUAUGAGAUGGAGAAGUUAAUAACCGUUUAUCGUUUUUUGCAUAGAACUAUAUAUUAGUUAUAUUGUUUUAGGUAUAUUUAAAUGAUUUAUAAUUAACAUUGUGAUUAAUAAUUUGUUUUUUUCGUCGUAGAUUAUUCGAUAAUACAAGUCUCUUUUGUAUUAUUAGUAGUCUCGUAUUUUCGUUGCUGGAGGCAUAGCCGCAACUAGACCACUAACUUUGAGGGUGCUAAAAUAAUUGACACAAUAUAGAUCCAUGGGAGCAAUGCCUUCACAAUCCCCUUUACACGGCACUUAUAAAAAAUAACUACACAUUUCAUUAACAAUUUGUAUAUAAAAAUGUAUCAUAACUAUUAUGUAUCUUAAUUUUAUUUUUUGUACAUGCAUUGUCUGUAUUUUGUUCUGCACAUUAAUAAAUUAUGAAACAUACCGAUAAAAUAUUUAGUCAAAACUAUAAAAAACUUAUUGGGUUUUUUAAGGGUAUUCAUUUUAAACUGGGGGUGCUAAGACCCCAGCACCCUCCCCCCUAGUUCCGUCUAUGCGCCCGUAGGUAUGUUUUAUUUCGUGACUGUUAUAAUUUUUAUUAAUUAGAUAAUAGUUUUCAAAUAAGGUUCGACACUAGAUUUAGGUAUAGAAGUUAUGAAAUUAAUCAUUUUAAUUUAAAUAGAAUAGGUAAUUUUUGUUUGAUGCAAGGUUAUAUUCAUGACCGAAUGUCUCAUUUAUUUACAGUUUUGUGGAUACAAAGAAAAACAAAACUAAGGCAUAAUAUAAUUUUAUUCAAAAUUCGAUUUUUCGUCCUGCACACAUUUUUUAAUAAUGUGAGCAAUACCUAAUGAGUGACACAGAUUUGAAACUUCGUUUAUCUCAAAAUACAUUUUUUUAGAAAAAGACCUUUUUACACCCAGUCCCUCAUUUAUUUCCGUAUUCAGGAUUAGGCAAUAUCUCAGAUACAAUUCUAGGCAGUAUUGAGUAUCUAAUAUUGAAAGACAUGUUACAUAAGUAUUUAGAUACCUACUAAGAGUUAAUGUAUCUAGUGUUUUGCCUAUCCCUGUCUAUAUUAUGUAGUAUCUAGUACAAUAUUACAGGUAGUAAUAGUCGUAAUUUAUUAUCCACCGUUUUUUGCAGAUUUACGGCGACGGUUAUAUACCCAAGGAGAUGGACUUCAUGGUCGUCGAACAGCACCCGACGUUGCUGAACGUCACGUUGCACACGUCCAAGGUAGGUCAUUCACCGACGAACAAACCGCGUCUAAAACCGUGGGAACCCCCUUGGAUGAGCGCUUUCCAAAUGAGAACGAUUUUCGUAGAUGCCCAGGCUUCUGGUCGCGGUAACGCCAACGCCAGUAGGAACUGGCGGGACGGGUUGCGGGCCUAUAGCGACGCUACGCCAUCCGCGGUAACGGGCUCCCGGCUUCGCUCUAAAACGGCCGUCGGGGCCGCGCUGGUGACGGUGCUUUUAUCGGUCCGCCACAGAUAACGGUCCACGGUUUCCCGUGAACGAUCGUGAAUGGUGAGGGUGGGUCGUUGAUGACGAACGUAUUGACGGUGGGGCCAAUAUGUUCCAAUACCCAUGGUCCAUUUUUAUAACUUCCCUAACUAAUUUCAGUGAUCCAACUGAGGUAGGGGGGGGGGAGAAGAGAAAUACAUAAGUAUUGAACUAUUAUAAAGAAAAUAUACUCUUCGUAUUAAAAUCGAGCAUUUGAAAAUGUAAGUAGGUACAAUAAUAAUCGACUAUAUUAUUAGCUCGACUUUUAAUUGGCCCUUCGAACAGUAGCGAAUUAGGUAAUAUAAACAAUCAGAACUAUAGAUACAUUGAUUGUCUACACUGAUCUUUAAUGGGGCAAGUUUGCUAUAAGUGUGUAAAGGAAAAUACAUAUGUUCGAAAUGUUAUUGGUUUGCAAUGAUUUGUAGUUACAUACAUAUGUAAAUUAAAUAACAAUAUUUUCCCCAACUUAUACCCAUUUAGAACACAGGGGUAAAGUAUGUUGGUUCUUUUAUAAUAAAAAUUUGAUUUCUCAAUUAAACCUAUAGUUCGAAUAGUUUUUAACCAUGCAAAACUAGUUUGUUAUAGUAAAAUUUCGGGUUGUAAUAUAUUAUGCCCAUUUGACCAACAUAAUAAAUUAAUAUUGCCUUUAAUUUGUUUAAAUUAUUUUUUUUUAAGUAUCAAAGACUGAGUACUAUUGCAAAAAGGCAUUUUUGAAUUUUAAAUAAACAGAGACGUUAAAUGCAAGUGUACUCUCUUAAUACGAUUUUGGCCAUGGAGAAUAUAACUAAUGAACUAAUGGAGUAUUUACAUUUAUUUUAAGUGCUGCCACUAAUUAAUCACCUUGCUUGUUAUGCUUCAUUUAUGUAUUAUAAUAUUAUUAUUGCAUCUUUUAAAGUUUUAAUCAAUACUUUUAUGCUGAAAAACAUAUAUAAACUUAACUAAUAAACAAUAAGUAUAAUAUUAAGUGUACAUUAUAUAAUGAGUUAAUAGUAGGGUAACUAUAUUAUAUAUUAAAUACAAAUGUAAUUAAUAACAAAAAGGACACAUUCUUUAUGCAUUGAUAAAUAAAUAAUGAUAUAUUUAUAUAUUUAAUUGUAUGAACAUGAACAUAUUUAAUGUCUACAAAUUUACGCAUAUCCAAAAAAUAACAUUCAAUAAACAUUGUACUAGUAAAAUAUUUAGAAUAGUAUUUUUUACUAUUAAAACAUUGAAUUGUAUAAUUGUGUAAUACUCAGAAUUUAUUUAUUUUAGUUUAUGAUAAUUAAAAUUGGUAUAAAUAAUAACAUUUUUGUUCAAAGUAUCAAAUAUAUAUAUAUUUUGUUUAAAAUUAUUUUAUAAAUUGUUAUCUAAUUAUAUUUUACAUGUAUAGUGUACCAAUUGAACUUAAUUUCAUAGUAAAAUAAACACCAUUCACUAAUAAUACUCAUCAAAAAAACUAAUAUUAAGGUAGGAUAAAUUAUUGUUUGUUAGACCAAAAUACAGAGUAAUUUUUUAACAUGAAUCAGCAAUUUUCUCAAAGGAUUUUAGGUGAAUUUUAUUUCUGUUUUUAAUCAUCGUGGAAUCAUUUUAUCUUUAUUUUAAUACAAUUUUCAAUUUUCAACUUGAAAUGAGUAUCCAAUUUGAUUUUUAAAAGUAACCCGCAACUUCCUUUCAAUCACAGAUUAAAAAAGAAAAUAUUUUUCAAAACAUUUGAAAUGAAUAACACUAAUAUCAGAUUUAUCAUAUUUUAGGUGUAAGUAGUAGAAAUAACAAAUUUGAAAUUGUGUUAAAAUAAUUCCAUAAUGAUAAAAGAAUCACCCUAUACAUAGUUAAUAAGUUGUUUAAUUUAAAUUAUAAUUAUUAAUUUUUGUUAUACAAUAGGCAAAUUAAUUAAAACAAAAUAUGUAUAAGUAAAAAAUAAUGUCAAUGAUACUAUCAGCCUAAUUAUAUAUUUGUUAAAUGAAAUAUAUGUAUAAUUAUUAUUAACACACACUUCUUUAAUAUUAUACAUUAAUUUGCUUUAACUUUGAGCACAUUUGCUUGUUAUAACAUUUGUGUUACUUACAUUUUAACACAUUAAUUUAAAUUUGGUAAAUGUUGUAAAUAUCUUUAUUUUUCUUCAUUUAUUUCCUUUGCAACUAUGUAUAAAAUGUGAGUGGUUACAGGAUAAAUAUAAACAAAAGGCAAAUUCUUCUGCUGCUACUACUACUAUUACUACUACUACUAUUGCUACUACAACUACAGAUUCAAGAAUACACUUUCCUAAAUAAUCAUGGAUUUUUAUUUUAUUUUUGACUUCUUCGAAUAUUUUGUAAGUAAUAUACCUAAUUGAUGAUAAAUAUAUUUUAUUGUAUAUUUAAUCAAUGGUAAUGCGUACAUAAUUUUUAAUAUCAGUUUAUAUUGAACACAAUUGAUACUUUAUAAACAGUAUACAAAUAAAAAUUCACCUAUCAGUCUUAAAAAAAUAAAAAAUAAAAUUGAAUUACUAUUUAAAUUAUAAUGCACUUUCAGAGACAGGAUAAUACCCCAUUCAGGCAGCCAGUUCCUCACUUCUAUCACCAUCAUCAUCCACAAGGAAUAGCAUUGGCACCUAAACAGCCAAGUCAAGACUCUGGAAUAUUCUCAAGUAUUACAUCAGGCUUCAAUAACUUUGUUAGUAAUAUAUUUGGAUAAACUGCCCAAGAAUCUCUAUUUUCCAAAUAAUAAAUAAAAAAUUAUUAUAGCCAAUAUUCGAUCUCCAAGCUAUAAAACAGCCAGCUUUUAGGUUAAGUGUUCCCUCCAGUAAAUAAAUAAUUGAACCAUUGUAACAAUUUGAAUAAUUUAUCCUUUUACUUAACAAUAAUAAUUAUUAUUUAUUGAAAUCAUACAUAAUAUGAACAAUUUAUUUUAGUUUAUAUUACAUAAUAUAUACAUAAAUUUUUACAAAUGUAUUGUUAUAUUUCAGUAAUUUUUGUAUGGACAUUUUUUUAAUUAUUUUGUGUACAUAAUUUGAAUAAAAAUUAUAAUAAAUUAUGGUUUAUUUGUUUUAUUUUAUUAUAUUCUAAUUGCAAUGAAUGAAUAUAUAUAUAUAUAAUGUAACAAAGAUGAUGUAAAGAUGAACAACAAUUAUUCAAAUAUUUUAAUAACACUUACUCUUGGUUAAAAUUAACCAUCAGCUGGUUUCAAUUUUGAUCUGAUCAUAUGAAAUGCACUAAUCAAACUGCUGAGGUGUAUUUUUUCACUUGUACCACCAUUUAGGCGUACUUCAAUUUCAGCCAUUUCAGUUAAUAUUUCUAUAAGAGAUUCUGAUGGUAAGUCCACUAAAUAAUUUUAAAAAAUUAUUAAAAUUCAAUUAUA